AUGCGAGGAGAUGGAUACAGCUGUACAACCGGCAGCAGCAGCAGCACAAUCGACGACUGGCGGGCUCCGAAGAGACAAGCAAUCGAAAGCUCGGAAGCAACGCAGGUGUGGCUCGGCAGGACAGGCUUGACGGCUGAGCUUGCAAACUUCUGGCGGACCGGCAGCAGGACUAUAUUCGGGAAGGAGCCGACAAUAACACUCGAAUCUACUGUUCAGAGAGAGUUCAAGCUUGCCAGCGACAGAUCGACUACAUUGAACUGCUCCACGCUCGAUGUCAGCCACCUUUCACACGUCCACGAUCGACUGCCUACGACUCCAGCUCAGCAGAUACCCUCACCGAAACCGACCGCAAGAGCCGCAAAGCCUUUAUCGACCGCAGAGCCUUUACCGAUCGCUCCACGACCGACCGCUCCACAAUUGCCAGUGCGACCAUCGACUGCACAGACAGCAGCAGCACCGAAUACAGAAGAGCCAGCACUACCUUUGACAGCAGAACCAACCACUACAGAGCACGGGGAUGUGCUACAGCAGAAACCUUUGGCGGAGGGAAAGAGACGAGAGAGAGAGAGAGAGAGAGAGAGAGCCGACAACAUGACCGACACCGACUGCGAGACUGUACAACAGAAAGAGACAGCAAGCAGCACGAACGACUGCGACUCCGAGAUCGACAGCGAUAUUUCCACCGACAGCCAGACGACCAACACUGAAGAAGGGAUUGAGCCGACCACACUUAUCGCACGGAUCACCUCACCACCACCAUUACUACCACGAGAGCAACACCAGGAGCAAGAGCAGAAAGAGACAGAUAUCAAGAACAAGGACACCAUCACUGCCAUCAAGAUCCUUCACAUCAACGGAUUACCAGCUUUCAAGAUCAUUCACAUCAUCGGAUCACCAGCCUUCAAGAUCCUUCAGUACACCAACUCAAUGCACGCUCGCGACCGCCAGUGUCAGCUUCCGCCUCCGUGGCCACCACCGCUCCGACCACCACGACAUCUCUGCCAGCUUCGUCUAGUAGCGCAUGCGCUGAAGCUGGCAGAGGAGGCCGAGAAGGCCGCGGCAGCGUUGAAGGCGGGAGAUGCAUCAAAUACAAUGGACCAUACUUCUGGAAAAGAUCACCUCAUCGGGCCAGGCAGGAAUCGUGAAGUCAAUGCACGGCGACUCUUCAUUCCAGACUUCGAGGGCAGAUGGAAGAAGACAGUCGAAGCCGACCGCGCGAUACAACUCAAGCUGAGAGGAGAGGGCAAUUUCAAGAAGCAUAACAAAGAGCGAGGGGCACAAGGCCUGCUAGGACCACCUAUCCUAGACCGCCGCAACCACCUUGCUAUCGACGACCCUAAUGGGCAAGAUCGUAAAGAGGAGAGUGAUGGUGAGCCUGAUCCGAUUGAACAGCCUGCGCGAUCGCAUGAUGUUACACCAGAUCGUACCACGCAGCGAAUUAGGCGUCGGCCUAAGCAGAGGAGGAGAGGAGGAGAGGAGGACGAGGACGAGGACGAGGAAGACAUUCAGCUUGAUGACAAGGAGGGAGACAUUCAGGUUGAUGGAAAGGAGAAAGACGUUCAGAUUGAUGACAACGAUGAAGACCCGAUGGACAUUGACCAACAGCCUUUGCGCGGCUCCAAGAAGCGCAAUCGUGGUGUAGGGAGCGGAAUGGGAGCGCAACUCGCGCAAGAUGUUACCAGGAGCACAACCACACGUGCGAGAGCAAACAUGGGCAGUGGGAGGAGAUCGCAGCGACGAGCUGUUAAGCUUCGAUCCCCUGCAGACGAUCCUACCGAAAUUGCCGAUGAUACCGAAGGCUCUCGCCCUGCUGGUCUCCUUACCGGUGCGCAGCAACACCUCACCGCCGUCGGCAGCACUCGACCAGGGAGUGUCCAAUCGUCCGCGAAGCUCCCGCGUGCAGCAGAUGCGACUUCCGACAGCGGUCUCCGAACCACUGGCGAAAUCCGCGAGUUCGUCGAACUGGAUGACUCUCCUAAGCCAGAACUGCCACCGCCACUACCCCCCGUUCUAUGCGUUUACGAUCUCACCAAGAACCGUCAUGUCAAGGCGAAGUUCAUGGGCAGCGAACACCGCAAGACCUUGUUCCUCGACAGAGUCAAAUUGCAGUUCCCUAACAAGUCGGCUCCGGGACCCCGCGAUACGUUCACCGUGGCGGAAACUACUGCCGGAAGCCAGUACCUGCUCAAGAACCCGACUCCUCAUACAGGAGGACCAUUGUCCCUCGGUGACCUCGACCGGACCAAAACUUUCCUUUCUGACGAAGGUAACCGCAAGCCCCGAAAGAUCCUGAUGCAGUUAUGCUUUCACGAUAUUGAGAUGAAGGCUUACCAGGACAACGGUACCGACUCCCGCAUAAGGAAAAGCGAGAACAUUGUGUUGAUGAAGUUGUACGACGCCUUCAAGACGGACGAAGAUGCCAACAACGUCCGCGCGGCCAAGCGUUUCUGGAACUACCUCUACAAGUUGCGCACUAACGAUCACUUUGCUCUGAUCUUGCUCUGCAGUAAAGAUCUUGCGCGGUUGAUCACGCGGAAUUUAUUCCAGAUCGGACAUGCCAUUGCAUUGGAUGCCGUGUUUCGGCGGACUUAUGUCAUGAUCAUGGACCGCAAGAUCGAUGAGAACCUGUCGAUAUCGCUACCGUCGAUUACACAUUCCUCUUGCGUUGGCAGAGGAUGGCCGUACAAGACACAUGUCAACGCGUUGGCAAAUGUCCACCCGGAGCACGUCUCUUGGAUUCCGCACCUGCUCGCUAUCGAUCCGUUCCAUUUCGCAGUGGCAGCCAUGACGAGCGCUCAGGUCUCCGCGAAGAACGUCACCGCUGGAACCCAGUCCACGCCAACACUUGGCAUCAAUGAGAGCUCCUCAUUCUACCAUGCGUAUGAGGUCAUCUUCGGUGUUCGAUUCGAUUCGGAGUGGAAGGGAAACCCGGCCUCCAUCGUCGACAAAUUGACCCAGUCGUUCGAUGACAUCCUCCGGAUGGACGAAGACGACCUCCCGGAUGCUGGCAACGAUUACUUCCGCGUCGAGUGGGAGCGCCAUGCCGCAGAAGCCAAGUACCCGCAGCUGGAAGCAAAGAUCAAGAUCAUUUGGGCGCAGGCAUGCGGCUCUAUUAGUACGCUCGAAGAGCGUGAGAUAAUCGAGAGUCAGGCCAAGGAGCUGCUCGACGCCUUGCUGUGCAGGGAGUGGGCGCAUACCAGGGAUGCCAUACAUGGAGCUCUUUGCUGA